AUGGAAAUAAACGUAGAAAGAAAAAGGUGGAGAGGAAAAGACCGAAAAAGAGGUUGUUGGAUGGGAUUGAGACAGCUAGUGUAUGCAAGGCGGGAGACCUGGUCAAAUGGAAGUUUAGACCGAGGGUGGCGAAGGAGAAGAAGAAGUAAUGGGACAUUAUUAAAACGCUGCUCAUCACACAAUGACAACGCUCCACUAUUCUCUGUUUACCCAAACUUAAAAGUAGAAUAUUUCAUCAACGGGUGA